GGGAAAUAUUCUUUGGAGGUUUAACAAAUAGGGGUUUAAGAGCAGCCAUGGAAGACAAUUCCUCCACUGCAAACCCAAACCCUAGCCAACCGAUCGCAAUGUCUCCGUCAAAAUCCGUACAAACCGAGGCCAACCCAGAACCCCACGCCCCAUUCAGAGAAUUCUCAGAUCCUCCGCCAGAGAAGAGCGAUCAAGAAUCCCAAGAGGAAAUUCCAAAAGAAGGGGAGGAAGAAGAAGAGGAGGAGGAGGAAGGAGAAUGCGGGUUUUGCUUGUUCAUGAAGGGGGGAGGGUGUAGAGACCCCUUUACCGAGUGGGAGAAGUGCGUGGAAGAAGGCGAGAAGAACAAGGAAGACAUUGUGGAAAAAUGCUUCGAGGUUACCUCUGCUCUGAAGAAGUGUAUGGAGGCGCAUUCGGAUUACUAUGCCCCAAUUUUGCAGGCGGAGAAGGCUGCUGAGGCCGAGGCCCUAAAGGAAUUGGAGAUGGAGAAGGAGAAAGGAGACGAAAGCAAUUCUGAAUCAGGAUCGACAGUAACGGCAGAGAAGGCUGCUGAGGCCGAGGCCGAGGCCCCGGAGGAAUUGGAGAUGGAGAAGGAGAAAGUGGACGAAAGCAAUUCUGAAUCAGGAUCAACAGCAACGGUGGGAGAUUCAGAGAGUUCUGAGAAAAAGGAAUCUUGACUUUGGUAAUCAAAAGAAUUGAGCUUUUUUUGUUAUUAUUUUUUCCAGCUAUACAUGAUUUUGAUCAAGGGAAAGUUAUGGAUAUUAGAAAGCUUAUUACUAACAUUGAUAUUUUCAAAUAAUCGUGUCGAAAUUAACUACAUUGAUCGAUUCAUAUGGUUCUGUUUUGGAAUCAAUUACCACAUUUGAUCAGCUUCAUAGAUUCCAACUUUUUUUUUUAA